UGCUUCGCCGCACGUUACGAGGUAUGGGGCAGAGCCUCCGGUCGGCCAGCACCACCUGAGGAUCCCAAAAACCGCUACGCCAUGGAAGAGGACCAGGAGCUGGAGAGUUACCUCUGCGGCUUUUCUGGUGGUCCCUUCUGGGCUGCUCAGUUCAGCAUCUGUAAGAAUGUGUUCACAUUGCACCAGAGCUCUACAACGUCUGCCAGCUACAAGGGAAGCUUCCCUGGGGUCUUUGAAAGCCAUAGAAGAAUUGCUUAAAGAAGCAAAGCGUGGGAAAACAAGAGCAGAAACAAUGGGUCCUAUGGGCUGGAUGAAGUGCCCUCUGGCCGGCACGAACAAGAGGUUUCUCCUUAACACGAUCAAGAACACACUGCCCGCCCACAAGGAGCAGGACCAUGAGCCGAAGGAGGGCAGCGAGGAGCCCGCGCAGAGCCCGAAGCCGCGGGAGGAGGGCCGCAGGCAGCGCCGAGCGCCGGCCGCCCAGCGCGGCUCCCAGGCCCGGGCGCGGCGCGCGGCCAGCCCCUCGCCGCCCGGGAAGCGGGCCCGGCCGGAGCAGGGCGGCCGGCGGGCGGACCGGCGGUGAGGCGAGCGGGCCUGGGCCGCUGUCCCGGCGGCCGGGCCCUUCUGGCUGGGGCCGGGCCGGAGCCCACGCGGCUGUUGCCGACCGGCCGGGAGCGGCUGCACGGGGGCCUCUGCGCUUGGGACGGGAGCCUGGUUCCGAGGGACUGGGUCUCAGGCUGUUUCGGCCGGUUCAGGCUACGUCAGCAGUGUAGUAUACAGGUGUCUUGUUUUUAUUAUAUCCUGUGUGGAAGUUGGUUUCAAAAUCUGAAGCUCAGAAGUGUUCAGGGAUUGUUACAAGCCGUUCCAGGCGAUUGGGGUCGUUCUCAGACUUCUCAAAAAAAAGUACUUGUGAAUCCUAUACUUUACCUUUUUGAGUGAUCAAAGGCAUCCGGCCAGUAACUGUAUUUGUGAAAAGUUUCAGCCCUCCAAGAGCUAGAAAUUUACCAAGAAACUCAUUGAUAGUUCUGAGUUUGUGUUCCUCUAAGUGAAAAAUAUAGGAAAUUCUUAAAAUUGACUUUGAAUUUAGUGUUCUAUACCAAUAACCAGAGGUUGAAAAAUUGGCUUUGUUUUUCUUGUGCGUUCUCAAACUCACUUCUGAGAUAGAACAGUUUUUCUAUAUUUAAUUUUGGAGGACUAGAAUAUAUAAAUUUUAAGUGGUGCUUUUAAAAAAAGCCUCAAAAGUUAAAAUUAACGAAAUUAUUUUAGUGCUAUGUCUUGUUUGGCUAAAGACCUAUGAGACCACUGUUGGUAUAGUUGUUUCAGAAAUCUUAAUUUUAAAUAAAAGUGUGUUUACAAUGCCUUUUUUGUUUU